CUGUAGUAGCUUCUAGAUCGACGGUGCCCAGGGCGCCCAUCGAAGGGCUCACGUCUUACCCUGGCUGCCCGCCACUUCCCCGCCUGCUCCAGCCACACCAGCAAAGAGACUUGAAAUCUCUCGAUUCGUUUCUCCCUCUCUCGUAAUCUUUCUGUGUUGCUUUCUGGGUUGUGCAGUAGGAGGUCUAUUCCUCUGCCGAUUGUUGUUUGGACGGAGCUUGUUUGCUGUGUUUCCGAUCGCCGCUUGCUUCUGCAUCAUGGCUUUGCCCGGCCAGCAAACCCCUGACAACUGCCCUCACUUCAAGCUUGUCAUCGUCGGAGACGGAGGCACAGGAAAGACUACCUUCGUGAAGCGCCAUCUUACUGGAGAAUUUGAGAAGAAAUAUGAACCCACCAUCGGUGUGGAGGUUCACCCUCUUGACUUCUUCACUAACUGCGGAAGGAUUCGGUUUUACUGCUGGGAUACUGCCGGACAAGAGAAAUUUGGAGGACUUCGUGAUGGAUACUACAUUCACGGUCAGUGUGCUAUCAUCAUGUUCGACGUGACAGCUCGGCUUACGUACAAGAAUGUUCCGACAUGGCAUCGCGACCUCUGCAGGGUUUGUGAAAACAUUCCGAUUGUUCUGUGCGGAAACAAGGUGGACGUGAAGAACAGGCAGGUGAAGGCGAAGCAAGUGACUUUCCACAGGAAGAAAAACCUUCAGUACUACGAGAUCUCUGCCAAAUCGAACUACAACUUCGAGAAGCCGUACCUGUACCUAGCCAGAAAGCUUGCCGGUGACCCGAACCUGCACUUUGUGGAGUCUCCUGCUCUAGCUCCUCCAGAAGUACAAAUCGAUAUUGCGCAACAGGCUCAAUAUGAAGCCGAGCUUGUUCAAGCUCAGGCUCUGCCCCUUCCUGACGAUGACGAUGACGCUUUCGAUAGCUAGAUUUUUUGCGCUUCAUAAUUGUUGGUGUGGGAGUUUCGACUGUAAUUAGUCGCUGGGCGUGAUGAGGGUGGGAAUCGGAUAUCUCUAAUCCAGAGUAGCAGAGGUUUGUUCACGCCGCCACUGAGGAGAAUGGUAUGGGAGGCGAGACUAUUGGUUAUCGCGAUGGAUCCAAGAUCUUUUAAGCUGCUUGUGUUCUGCAGCAUUUUCCUUUAGCUUCUUUUCCUUAAAGAAUAUAAAUGGCCUUCAUCACCUUUCAUUCCGUAGAGUAUAUGAAGUGGAAAUUUUGUGGAAAGAGGGGAGGUUUGCAAUUGAGUAAUGUUGUAACCUUCCACGGCUGUUGUUGCUGAUAGUUUUAGUGCUGACGUUUCCGAAGCGUGAAAACAAAAUUAGGCACUGCCAUCUUUCGGCUUUUAAAGUUCUCGGAUUUUUCUCUUAACGUCUUCGUUGUAAUCAUGUUAUUGUCCUUUCGUAGCAUUUUGUUUACCCAUACCAACAGGUGUAUUGGGAGUUCCCUAUUCUACACGUUAAGUAAAUUCUAACUUUCAGUGCU